GGGUAAAUAAGAAAUAAGAUUUUAAAAAAUGAUUUCUGUUUUGAAGAUUCAGCAACUGUUCAUUGCGUUGGUUAUUUUGACAGCUGCGCAUUCGUUUCGAAAAAGUUCAAAAAUAACAAACAAAAAAAGAUCAUCAGAGUGUGAUUUAGGAGCAUUUACUUUUCCGGAUGAAAGUGAAGAACACGAAGGAACGUGGCUACAAUGGCCACAUGAAUUCGAGUACGGGAUCGAGUAUAGAGAAAGUUUGGAUGAUAUUUGGGUGCAAAUGACAAAAGCACUUUGCGUAAAUGAAAAAGUUCAUAUAAUUGCUUAUGACAAAGAAGAAGUUGAAAGAAUAAAAGAGUUACUUGAAAAAAAAGGAUUACAAUUGACUAAUGUGGAUUUUAAGAUCUAUAAAACAAAUGAUGUUUGGGUAAGAGACAACGGACCAAUUUUUGCAAAAGAUAGUUUCGGACGUUUAGUUAUUCAAGAUUGGAAAUUUAAUGGAUGGGGUGGAAAAACAAAUUAUAAAAACGACGAUGCAAUUCCAACUUUAAUAGGUAAAAACAUUAACAUGAAAGUCGUAAAUGUCGGGAUGGCAAAUGAAGGAGGAGCUGUUGAGAUUGAUGGAAACGGAGUUUUACUAGCAACUCGAAGUGCCAUAAUUAGCCAGAAACCUGUCAAUUCAGUUAGAAACCCUGGAAUGACUCAAUCGCAAGCAGAAAUUUACUUUUCACAUUAUUACGGUGCUUCAAAGUUCAUUUGGUUAGAUGGAGGAUUUCCAGAAGGGGAUAUCACAGACAUGCACAUUGAUGGGAUUGCCAAGUUUGCACCAGGAAACAAACUAGUAACAAUGAGUAUGAAAGAUUUACUUGAAUGGGGAGUUUCCAAAAAAGAUAUCAACACUCUAUAUCUUGCCUCAAAUGCAGAUAACAAAGUAUAUGAUAAAGUUUACUUGCCUUUGUCAAAGUAUAAUGUGAAUACUACAGACGGAGUGAGUCUUGGGUACAAAGGCAGCUAUAUCAAUUACUAUAUUGCUAAUGGAGUAGUCUUAGUUCCUAACUAUGAAGAUCCCAAUGACGACAAUGCAAAUGAGAUUAUUCAAAGGCUAUAUCCUGAGAGACAAAUAAUUGGUAUCGACAUAAGAAAUUUAUAUAAAAAUGGUGGAAUGAUUCAUUGCGUAACGCAACAACAACCAGCAUAUCCACUGUAAGAUUUAACUUAACUUGUCAAUGCAUUCAUUGAGUAAUGUCAGAAAUCAGCACAUCAUAGGGACAAUUAUUAUUUCAUAUAUAUAUAUAUAUAUAUAUAUAUACAUGUUAUCACUGGUGUUGUAGUUACAAAUUUUAAUUUACUCAAAUUUAUUUUGCAUAAACAUUUUUUUUAUUAUUGAUAUUUUGUAUAAAAAUAGUUUUGCACGAAAUUUCAUAGUUUUUUGGUAUCAAUUUUAAAAUCUUGCAAAAAGUAUUUUAGAAAAGUAUACCAAGUAAAAAAAGUUCUAUAGAAUUGCUAUAAACUUUCUAUAGAAUUUCAUUUGGCCUAUUGAAAUUCUACAAAAUUUUUAUAGGCCAAUUGUUUCAAAAAUUUAUAGAAAUUCUAUAGAACUUUUUUUUCUGGGUAUACCCAUUAUCAUUAUAAUGAUAUAAAAUUCUUAAAUUAGUUUGAAAUUUUCCUCUUUUUCUUAAAAUUAGGCAUAUUUUUUAUAAAUUUCUUCAGUUACAAUUUGUUUUCAUAACGCCAUUGUCAUAUGGCGUUAUGAAAACAAAUAUAUGGAAUAAAUUUCUCAAAUGUCUUGCUUUUAUUUCCGGACCAAAAAUUUAAAAAGUUGAACUAUGAUAAAAAUCUUUAUAGGUCAAACUUUUACCACGUUAUAAAAAAAGAGAAUAGUUAGUCAAAAAGGUUUUACGUUUUAAACCAAAAAUCUAAUUGUUGCUGAAGUGUCUUUUUGUCUUUAAACCUUACAUUGUGCAAGUUGUUGGUUAGUGGUCAGAAAGCUGUUGGCGCUGAGUUGGUCAUAGGAGGCAACCCAGUCAAGCUAUAAUAAUUUUUCCGCAUUAUAUUUUUAAAGUGAUGACGGGCGUUGUAAUGGAGGAAGUAAAAUUUGUCGCGCCUCUGACACUUAUCGCAGUGUCUUACAUGAUCUUUAACUUCGUCUAUUCUUUCCAAAAUAAAGAAGUUGAAAUUCGGAAAAACUAAUUGCUCUGCUAUGUCGUUUUAAACUUUAUUCAAACUUUUCAAUUUCAAGUCUUUUCAAACUUAAAUCUUCAAAACUUCCUAAAGCUUUUAAAAUGUUUGAUAAAUUAAAAAUAAAUUGCUCAUUACAUUUUACCCAAACCAAUUAAAAUCUAAAGAGAUUUUCGUUAUUUACUUUGUUUAAAAGUUAGCUAAGUAAGUAAAUUUAAACCAAGUAACUCAGUACUAACUACCUAUAUCCUACUGCCUUCUAGGGUAAUACCCACUAAUACCAUAGUUUCUCUUUCAAAUUUUUCAAAACUUGAUACACCCUCCUUUCUAAAAAUAGACAGAGAGCUAUACAAUUAAUUUGCCACUUUUAUACCAAUUUCAGCAGCUGAAAGCCGCUGUUCACGUUUUUAUAUCAUGACGUAUGUUUCGAGCUUCUAUUUUUUGAGAAGUAUCUACUAUCUUCUACUACUAUCUCUAUCUACUAUCUAUCUACUAUCUCUUUGGUUUGGCUUAUAAGUUUUGUCAUUAUUCAGCUUUUUUUAAGGCCACCAUAAAGUUUAAACGCGUAAUUUAUAUAUACAAAUAAUUCAAAUUUGGAAUUUGAAAAAUUACGAAUUUUGUUGUUCCAACAUGCAUUAAAAAAAAAUUUAUUGUGAUGUUCUUUUUGUAUUUUAUUUUUUUAUUCUAAAAAAGUAGAUCAAGAUAUGAAAUAGUAUCAA